AAAACAGAGAGCGAGACAGAUAGCGACCUAAGUAAUCUCGAAAUCCUGGAAACGAAGAUUGAGAAUAAAAAGAACAUUGAAACCUGGGCAAGUCACUUAAUCUCUUCAGUACAGUUGGGACGCAACAAGCAAGAUGGCAUGCCUUGCAGAAGGAACUCAAACGUGGAGAGUCCCGGUAACAAACAGCUAUACCAACGACACUUUAUGAGCGAGCUGAAAGAAACAACAGCGGUACUGGUCCACCGCAACUCAAAUCGCGUGCGAACACUUCUUCGCAAACGAUACUUUCACCCGCCGUACAUUUCACGUGAAGCCGGCAAUACUAGAAAGAAGAAGAGCGAGUAGCUCGCGGCCGAGCGCGUGGCCCACCGGCUGCCGUGCCGCACGCUCUCAGAAGUCCGCUGUUUCUUGGCCCUGCGAGCACUAGGCUCUUGGAACACUGUGCCCGACCAUCCUCCUCCGCUACCAGUCGGAGCCCCAUAGCCGGCCUGCUCGGCGGCGAGUCUGUCGCCUCCGGUCGACCGUGCUGCACCGUUGCCCCGCGAUAGUACACGUCAUCGCGGGCCCGAGGAAUGGCCAUGACCGCCAAGGACCAUAUGCGCCAGAAGCUCGACGAGCUCAUGGGCACCGGCUGGGACGGCGUCAAGAACUCGCUCCACUACUCGGACCCCAAGGUGUGCCGCUGCUUCCUGCUCGGCCUGUGCCCGCACGACGCGCUCGCCGGCACAAAGAUGGCCAUGGGCUCCUGCUCCAAGAUACACAACUACGCGCUCAAGGCGGACUUCGAGAACAGCUCCAGGAUGUACCGGCCGGGACAGCACCGCUUCUACGAGCUCACGGUACUCACCUACCUGCAGAAGGUGAUCCGCUCGUGCGAGAUCCUUGACCGGGCCAAGAAGGGCCGCCUGACGCGGUGCCAGACGACCGCGCGCAGCAAUCGCCACGGCGACAAGGAGGCCACGCUCAAGUCCUACGGAGACAUGGUGGACAAGAAGCUCACCGAGGCCGAGGAACUCGGCAACAAGGGCAAAGUGCAAGAGGCGCUCGCCGUCAUCAAGGAGGUCGAGCGCCUCAAGCGGCGCCGAAACCGACUCGAGAGGAUGCUGGACCGCAAGUCCAACGAACCGGUCAAGGAGCAGAAGCAGAACAUCUGCGAGGAGUGCCAGCUCUGCAUCGGCCUCGACGACAACGAGCAGCGCAUCGCCAACCACUCUAGCGGCCGGCUGCACAACGCCAUACUCGACAUGCGCCGAAAGAUCGCAGAGCUCGCGGCCAGCCUCGAGAAGUCGCAGGUGCCGGGCGACUGGUCGCGCCUCGAAGCGGCGCAGCAGCAGUCAAAGCAGUCGACGUCGCGCCUCGACCUGGCCUCGACCAGGGCGCACAGCUACUCGCCCAGGUCGUCCAGGUCAAGCAGCAGAAGCAGCCGUAGCCGAAGUCGCAGCCGCAGGAGGUCCUACAGCUCAGACUCCCGUAGCAGCAGCCGCAGCAGCGGCGAAUGCUCGUCGACAUCCCGCUCUAGGUCACGUUCACGGUCGCGCUCAGCGUCCCGGCACCGCUCUCGUAGGUCCCGCUCGGAGUCGCACUGCAAGUCGCGUUCCAGGUCACCGCGACGGUCCCGGUCGGGAAGCAGCUACAGCCGCAGCUGCUCGCGGUCUUGUAGCAGGUCCUACAGCCGUUCGUGCAGCGGGUCCCGUAGCUGCUCUUGCAGCAGUCAAUACACUGACAGGUCACAAGGUCACACGAAGCACCGCAGUGUGUCCAGGUCCCGGAGUCGCUCUCACUCGAGGCACAGCCGUGGCCACAGCCAACGGAGCGGGGACCGUGAGCACCGGUCGCGCAGCGCACGCAGCUCAGAGGCAUCGAAGCAAGCUCCAAACGACGCGGAAGUAAAGGAAGAGCUCGAGCCUACGCAGGCCUCAGAAGGCGAGCCGGAACGACCCGCCACGACGGACGACUCCAAAUGGUCUCGUUUACUAGAAAUGGAAGCCGAAGGAACACCGACACGGAAAGAUGGGUCCCCAACUCCGGGGAUCAAAGGAAUAGAGUCUACCGAGCAUGCUUUCGCGACAACAGAUGACAGCCGAACAGAGACUUCGAAACCACUGUCUUCGGCGCCGAAUUCUCCCAAGGCUGACUGCAUGUCAGCUUUAGAAGUGUGUGGUGCUACCUUCAAAGGUAGCCACAAUGAAAUCGACGCAGUCGACGCGAAUCCUGAUGUUGUGGACAAACCGAACAGCCCUGCUCAAGAUCCCGCAUUUGAGAACCUAAAUCCAAGGCCAGGGGAGGCGGAAUGCGCUCCUGAAGGAGAGAUAAGAGCUAAAGAAAAUAAGUCUUCGUCCUCGCCUGAAGGCAUGAACGCGCUGGUUAUUAAAGAAACAAUAUCCGGCCGAACAAAUGACCCACAGCCUUCGCAACAUAAAGCGCGUAAAGGGAAGGCUAGAGUUGUAACUGCUGUCAAGGACUGGAAGACGAUAAGGAAACCUGUCAUAAACAUUGCUAGCCUUCGGUUUUUUAGAUUGCAUCAUGAGAACAAGAAAACGUCGCAAAAAGAACAGGUCGACAAAAAUCUUGCUCCGGGACAGGCAGCCACACAAGUGCCGAACAGCAAGGCGCCUGCUGACGCCGAUUCAAGCUCGACGAUAGUUGCAAACGAAGCCUCAGAAAACGACGCGACAGACUCCUCGGCACCAGUUCAAACCGAAGAAUCCGAAAACGUGGGGACGGACGCGAAGCAGGAACCUUCGGGAUCCACAACCGAUAAGGAGGGUUGCACAACCGAGAGCUCCGACUACGACAAAUCUUGCCAACAACGUGCGAAGCAAGAGCAUUCAGGAUCUAACAGCCCUUCUAUCAAUCACGAAGAGUCAGAGAAUUUUAUGACAAGGAAACCACACAAGGGUGUGCCAAUGAGAAAGAAACGGGUGUCGCCGCAAAGGGAGUCGACACAAACGGAGGACUCUGGUGACGAAUCUUGCUGUACUGAGUCAAGCACUUACUACCAGAUAGUAAAGAAACCCAAGAAAAAGCCUGCGAAGAAUCGAAAGCGAUCUCUUCACAAGAAGAUGAAAUUAGAAGCUGCUAGGAUGUCACGAAAGGCGGACACCCGCAAGUCGUCUAGACGUCGCGUCGAAUCGACCACCGAGGAGGAGGAGGAGGAGGACAGCGAGUCUUUCACGUCGAGUGACUCCCCACCGGCGAAGCGCACCAGAACCAAGAAAAAGAGGACGCGCCAGAGCCCAGCUGCGAAGAGAGACGGCUCUAGUAAGCGCAGCGCACGAUCUGCCACGACUAGGAAGCCUUCGAAGAAGAAAGGCACUACAGCCAGCAAGAAGGGACGGAAGGGGUCGGCUGGUGCCAGGUCUUCAGCGAGGACAAGGUCGAAGAGAAAGUCGCCCAGUGACACGUCUUCUUCGUCUUCUUCCUCGACGAGCGUCUCUGAGGAACGCAGGACCAGACGGAAAGUGAAGCCGGUGAAGAAAACGAAGAAGGUUAAGCGAAAGAAGUGCAAGUGAAGGAUGAACCAUGCAGUUUUCUGAGGGUGACAUAAGGGAACGACGCAGUUUGUGGUAUUGCCGAAGGCGGAAAAACUCGUGAAGUAGUUGGACAGAAAGACGUGUCCGUUGUGCGCGCUCUAAAUGUUUCAAGUUCUGGCGGUGAAUAUGCACCGAACGGGAGGUGAAUGGUGAAUAUUUUAAUGCCUCGGGAAAACGAAUGCGAAUGCGCCCACAUCUGUGAUACAGCUUAGAGCUGUAGGUGUGAAAACGAGUGUUUGUUGUGGGUGUGUGAAAUGACGGAACGGUAAAACGCAUGUGACUUCAAAAGUUUGUAACAAACUUGGAUUUGUAGUGUACAAUGCAAUUGGCAAAGAAGCAGAUAUAGGGAGCGCAGUAUCACUACGGUCAAAGACAUCAUCUGGCAUGUCAAGCACCAGUUGCCACACCAAGCCUUCCUGUGCUUGGUCUGACCAAGGAUUCCUGCCUAGGGCCAAGAUAUCGAGGCCGAGGCGACUUUCUAGGAUAGCAGCACCAAAGCAGAGAUGGUAGGGAUGUCGCAUGGCUGGUCCAGCCGCUGUGCUGUGGCCCGUACAGCAACUUCUGUCGAUCAAGGCAAGCUUCUGAAGCAACAAGCUUCAGCACAAAGGUCUAGGCUCUUGUUGUGUUUCUGUAAGUGGGAUAAAAAAACUGCUUGAGGUUUUCGAACUGCGCACUGAAAAUGCAACCUUCAGCACUUUUAAAAUGACCUUAUUUCUUUGUACAGUUUUUGUAUCUUAUCACUAAAAUCAUUUUACA